GGACCCACCGUCAGACUCGCGCCCAACAGGUAUAGCAUCAACGACCCAGAAGCAACCCGAGUCCUUUUGGGUCACCACAAUGCCCUGAAUAAGUCGAACUACUAUAUUCCAUUCGGCGAUCCUUCCAUGACCAACGCCUUCACCGAGCUUGAUAUACAUACCCAUGCCAAGAUCAGACGUCCAACGGCCCACUUGUAUGCCAAUACCAAUCUACUCUCGUACGAGCCAUUCGUCGACGCAUGCAAUAGCAUUCUCGUCAAAAGACUUCGCGAAUACUCCUGGACUGGGAAACGCCUCGAUGUCCGCGAACUGAUGCAAUACUACGCUUUCGACGUCAUUGGCGAAAUCACAAUGGGCUCUCGGUUCGGCCUGAUGGAGGAAGAUGGUGACAGCACCGGAGUGAUCAGCGCUCUCGACGAGAGCUUGUCUCACGGCAGUAGAAUCGGUUUGAUUCACGAACUGCACUCCGUGAUGCUCAGUCUCACCAAAAUCUUUAAGCUCAGAAACCCUUUUGCAAAUGUACAGCACUUCAUCGACACAAAAGUACAGGACCGCGCUUCUGGACGCACCAAAAGUCCGGACGACAGACAGGAUUUCCUAGAUAAAUUGCUCCCUCUAGAGGCGUCUGGGAAAUGCACGCGUUCCGAUACGCUCACGGCUUGCGGCGCGAACAUUGGGGCUGGCUCGGACACUACGGCUAUCUCGCUCACUGCUGCAAUUGGGUAUCUCGCUAUGUGUCCAGAUGCGCUGGCGAAGCUGCGAGAAGAGCUCAACAGUGCAGAUGCACCAGACCCGUUAUCAUUCAAGGAUGCACAAAAGCUACCGUACCUGCGUGCAGUCAUUUAUGAAUCUCUGCGCAUGCAUCCAGCUGUUGGCGCGCCUUUGACACGCGUGAUAGGCCCUGGUGGUUUACAACUCGCCGGCUACUUCUUCCCGCCCGGCACGGAUGUUGGUGUGAAUGCAUGGGUCGUGCAUCGCGACACUUCCAUCUUCGGUGCAGACGCAGAUAAGUUCAAUCCGGACCGAUGGCUGACUGAAGAUUCGGAGAAGCGCUCGAACAUGGAGCGAAAUUGGCUGCCGUUUGGAGCGGGACCAAGGGUGUGUCUGGGCAAGAACAUCAGUCUCUUGGAGAUGUACAAGGUGAUCCCUCAGAUUGCAAGGAAGUUCGAUUUUGAGAUUUUGGAUGACAGCGGCAAGGGAGGGUAUAGCUGGAAAACGCUGUGGUUUACGAAACAGAACUUGGCAUGUGUUGUCAAAGAAAGGACGAUCGCUUAGGUACUGUAAUCUACACAGAGUUUGACAUAGCCACGUCAUGACUUGUGCGAAAAAGCAAAAAGAUGAGUGAAGAGAGGGCAAAAAGAAGGACAGAAGAAGGACGUAAGAAGGACAAAAGAACGGCUAGCCUUGCCUUAGGCAAAAUCCUUUUUCAGAUUCGAUACUGUAGAAUAUAGUUUCCACUGCCGAAAACCC